CAAUUAUUAAUAAUUUUUUUAAAAUUUUAACUUUAUAGAAAAUAAAUAGAAAGUAAUAUGAAAACUUUAAUAUUUUUAAUCAGUUUAUUCUCAAUAAUUGAGCUUACUUAAGGCUAAGUAUGUGCAUAAAAUGCAUCAUCAAGUAGUGGUUAAUGUGUUUGUAACAAUGGAUAUUGGGGUGUUGAUGCUUCUUAAAAUGGAAUGUGUUUCCCUUGCACUUCUCCAGGGGCAAUUACUACCCAAGUUUCAAAUACAGGAGCUGGGUCUAAUGCUUCUGUGUGCAAUACAUGUGAUAAAGGCUACUAUAUGGUACUUGCUGCUAAUAUUUAAGGUCAAACCGGUGCUUCCUGUGUUAAGUGUCCAGAUUACUCGGCUUAAAAUACAUAACAAACUACAGUUAAUAGUAUUUCUUCUUGUGUGUGCUUUGAUUCUAAUGCUGCUCCACUUUCUCUCAGUUAAAAUACAUGUGCUUGCAAAUCAGGAUAGGGAAAUGUUGCUCAAUCAGCUAGUGCACCUUCUGGAUGCAGUUCAGCUAGCAAAUCUAACUCAGCUAUUAAAUAAGUUUUUUUUGUAUUACUUUCUAUAAGUUUUUUUAUCUGA